AUGGUAAAAACAGGAAGGGUGUAGCUGGUUUCUCCUGCCCCAGGCUCCAUGUGGUUCUGUCUCAGUGGCCUCGAGCCAGCCCCACCUGUGACAGCGGCCAGAGAAGACAGGAACUGCGCCUCGCCGGGCCCGCUGGAAACUCCCAGGCUGCCCGCGGCCCUUCCCAGCAUGCCCUGCGGCCCAGCCUCCGGCGCCUCUGCAGAAGCCGUUGCUGCCGCGCUGCAGGUCCCGCUGCAGGCCGCUGCGGUCACGCCAGCAUGGGCUUCCCCUGGUAUAGCACCCCCUGGAAUGCUCACCUCUCCACCACCAAUACUAACCUCGACAUCCUGGUGGUGGUUUUCUACUUCCUGUUGGUCCUGGGCAUCGGACUGUGGGCUAUACUGUCAAGCAGUCGUGGGACAGUAGAAAACUUCUUCCUGGCUGGCCGAAAUCUAGCAUGGUGGCAGAUAGGUGCUUUUCUUUUUGCCUCGAAUAUUGGCACUGGCCACUUUAUGGGCCUGGCUGGAAAAGGAGCAUCUUCAGGGAUUGCUGUUGGGGCCUUUGAGUGGAAUGCUCCAUUUAUACUCUGCAUUCUUGGUUGGGUAUUUUCUCCUAUUUACAUUAAGGCUGGGGUAGUGACGACGCCCAGAUAUUUGAGGAAGAGGUUUGGUGGCUGCCGGAUCCAAUUCCUCCUUGCUAUUCUGUACCUAUUCCUCUAUAUUGUCAGUAAGAUUGCGGUGGAGAUCUGCACGGGUGCCAUGUUCAUGAGGCUGGUUUUGGGGCUGGAUGUUUACCUGGCCACUGUAGUCUUGCUGACUGUUACUGGCAUUUAUGCCAUCACAGGUGGUUUUGCAGCUGUGGUUUAUACUGAUAUCUUACAUGCCAGCGUUAUGGUUCUGGGCUCAGUCUUGUUAACGGCCUGCGCCUUUUUGAAGGUAGGAGGAUACCACCAGCUACAGAAUCAGUACAUGGUUGCUGAGCCAUCCCUCAUCCAGGAAGGAAACUGGACUGCCCAAUCGAAAUGCUACAUCCCUCGCCCAGAUUCUUUCCAUAUCUUCCGAGACCCUAUCACUGGAGACCUCCCCUGGCCUGGGAUCAUCUUUGGCAUCUCCACCAUCUCCUUGUACUACUGGUGCACCGACCAGAUUUUUGUCCAGGGCUGCCUGGCAGGGAAGAACUUGUCCCACGUGAAAGGCGGCUGCCUCUUGUGUGGGUACCUGAAGCUACUGCCCAUGUUCAGCAUCGUGAUGCCGGGGAUGAUCAGUCGAGUUCUGUACACAGAUAAAGUGGCAUGUGUCGUGCCUUCAGAGUGUGAAAAGUACUGUGGUGCUAGAACUGGCUGCAGUCCCAUUGCCUACCCUGUGCUGGUGGUGGAGCUGCUGCCCAUUGGUUUUCGAGGCUUGAUGGUGUCUGCACUCUGGGCUGCUCUCAUAUCCUCCCUGACGUCUGUUUUCAGUGGUGCCAGUGCCGUGUUCACAAUGGACAUCUACACCCAGCUACGGCCUAUGGCCACUGAAAAGGAGCUCAUGCUAACAGGAAGGUUUUUUGUUAUAAUCUUACUCGCUAUCUCCAUCGCCUGGGCCCCUGCUAUACACAUGGCACAUAGGGAACAAAUGUUUGAAUACAUGCAAGCUAUCAUCAGUUACCUGACACCGCCUGUUGCUGCCAUAUUCCUGCUUGCCGUAUUUUGCAAGAGAGUCACUGAGCAGACCCUCCUUUUCUGCAUGUCUCCUGCAACCGUGGGUCCUGUGGAUUGCUCACUUGGCCUUUGGUUUCAGCUCUUUCUCCAAGAUGCUUCCCAAAUACUGUAUCCUCUACCUCCUCCAACAUCCAGCUGCACCCAAGUCUGGCUUCAGGGUGCCUUCUGGGGGCUGACUGGUGGACUUCUGAUUGGCUUCUGUCGAAUGGUGUCUGAGUUUGCCUAUGGGUCCUGGAGCUGCUCAGCGAACAGCAGCUGCCCUGUGAUCAUCUGCGGCGUGCAUUACCUCUAUUUUGCUGUAAUCCUCUUCACCAUCAGUCUUUUCUUCAUCCUGGGGAUCUCCUUGUUCACAGACCCAAUUCCGGAUAAACAUCUGCACCGCCUCUGUUGGAGUUUACGAAACAGCCAAGAGGAGAGGGUAGAUCUGGAUGAAGAAAUACAAGGAAGGAAUCCAGAACCCCAGGCACAGCCAGAUGUAUUCCAGAAGGCCAAGAGCUGCCUCUGGAGGGCCUGGGAUGUGUUCUGCGGCCUGGAGCCACUGCAGAGCUCCAAACUGGCCCCAGGAGAGGUGAUGGUGCAGAAGAUAGAGUGUGGUGACAUGGAAGGGACACAGCACAGUGACACAUUGGAAGGGACAGAGCAGAGGGACACAGUGGAAGGGACAGAGCCCCAAGACAUGCCAGAGAAGCCCUGCUGGAGAAAAAUGGCCAACAUCUGCGGGUUCCUCUUGGUGUCGCUCACAGUCUUCUGCCACAUCUACUUCGGCUAGGCAGCUGACAGAGGUGUCUGGGAGCAGGCAGGCCACUGCCUCUUGCAGAUGCCCUCAUCAUCAAGGGGAAGAUGCUACUCCUACUGGGAGGGCCACAGUUGUGGGACCAAGGACCCUCAGCAUCACACAGCACGUGCCACCAGUAGCAGGGCGUGCAGGCUGUCAGGGCAGCAAAGCCCACUAGUGAGAGCAGAGACAGCAGCUGAGCACAUCUGUCUCUGUGAGAUGAGUCAUUCUCUCCAGAUGGCUCCACUGUGCAAACCCUGACUUCCACUGACUUCUAGAUAUAUUCAGGGGUUUUGUUUACCCUUUCCUUCCUAUACCCACCUCCAUUUGCUGUGUUCUCUCCUCCUUUGUAAAGGAACAGCUGCUGGCAAAGAUGCCCCACCCCACACCAGUGGUCCCACCCACAGGGGCUGUGCUCCCUGCUGAUGACCACACAAGGCCAGCUGGCACCAGGACUGUUUUGGGUGGAAAUGUUGACUUCUGCCUGGACUGGUGGUGGGGCUGAGGCAGUUUCUGCCCAAGGACCAGGCAUUGCUACAGCUCAGCACUGUCUGGCUGCACCCUGGAGGGCGGGUGGAGAGGAAACUCACCAAGCUCUUCCCAGUUCCUUCCAGUCUGCCUGCAUCACUGAGUUGGGCCCAGGGGCUGGAUUCUCUUCAGCUGGCAAGUGUAGGCCACUCCGCUUGAUCUGUGUUUCUGUAGGGACUCCUUCAGCCACCCCUACUUCCUCCUCCUUCUCAGGCCAAAAUAAAUGAUUUGGGUUUUUAGAAAAA